AUGAAUCAUGCCGUGGAAGCUUUCAUUGUUCUUCCUGGAGGAGUUGACACUAUGGAAGGUUUGUUUACCUUGAUCUCGUGGGCUUCUGAAGGGUUACACAAUAGACCCAUUGGUCUUUUAAACAUUGACGGUUAUUUCAAUAACCUUCUCAAAUUCUUAGACGAUGCAGUGAGACAGAACCUCAUGGCUUCUAGUCAGAGGAAACUUUUUAUUUCUUCUUUCUUUGUUGACGAGCUUUUAGACAAACUAGAGUUUGCUAAAGCUUUCCCGGGUCCGGGAGCCGGUUACGACGAGUUUGCAAAUCCUGAGAGAUUAGACCUAGAAUUGCAUCUUUAACUUUCCUCAUGUAAUCUAAGUUGCAUUCAUGUUGAAAUAAUACCGUCCUUGAACAUUACGAGUUAGUCAUAAAUAUUAUUCUAAGUUGUAUGGUCAGUGCAGCUACAUUUUCUUCAUUCUUCAGUCUUUCACUGUUGGUGUUACUGUUUUACGUCUCGUUUUGUAUUUUACGUCAAACGAAUCAAUCGAUUUGUCUUGU